ACAUGUGAUGCUGCCAAGAGAACUUUCAAAACAAGUGCCGAAAUCCCAUCUAAUGUCCGAAGAGGAGUGGAGACGACUUGGUGUUCAGCAAAGUCUUGGCUGGGUUCACUAUAUGAUCCACGAGCCAGAACCACAUAUUCUUCUCUUCAGAAGACCUCUUCCAAAGGAUGAGCAGAAAUGA